AUGAACAAAAAUGAUGAUAAGAUUAAUUCAAAUAAUAUAUUAUCAUCAAAUUUAAUUACUUUAAACCAACAUAAUGAUAUUCUUAACAAUGAUGAAACCACUAUAAAUGAGAUUAAUAGAAACAAAAGAAAUAGACCUUUAAGUUCAUACUUGGAAGAAAAUUUUGAUUCAAUAAAUAAUUUCACAAUUAAUGAUAAUUCAAGUAAUUCAACAAUAAAAAUUGACAAUUAUACAAAGACAAUAAAUAAAAUUAAAAGUUCAUCACAACUAAAAAAAAAGUCAUCAUUUGCAUCAAUAACAUCACCACUAUUCCAAAAAUCAAAAUCUUUUUCAUCAAAAUUAUCAGAAUCUCCAUUACUGAAUAGAGUUCCAUUAAAAAAUUUAUCAAAUAUACAAUCUUCAAUAAAAGCAAUAUCCAAAGCUUCUCAUAAUUUUUUUAAUAAUUUUCAUAUGACUACAACAAAAUCUUCCAAUAUAAAAGAGGAACAACAGCAAGAAGAAGAAGAUAUUCCCACUGAUUGUGAUUCAGACGAAGAUGAUGAUACUUUCGAUACUAUCGAAUUAGGUUCACCAACUGAAAAUAUAAGAAAUCGGUCACAAAAAAACUCGAUUUCUAUAAGUAAUUCGAAUACACUGCCAUCCAAAAUAUCCUCCACUACCACUACUACAAAAUUAUUUAAUAAACCAAAUUUUAGGAGAUACCAUUCAUUAUCAACUACUCAAAAGGAAAUCGAUGAUUUUCAUUUUCAAGAAAAUGAUAAUAAUAACAUUAAUUUAAAAAAUUCAACAAUAAAUUUUUUCAAAUCAAAUAGUAAUGAUAUGUUAUUAAGAAUUAAUGAAAACCAACUACACAGGAUUAUUAAUGGAAAACAUAAUCAUGAAUUUAAUAAUUUUACAAUAAUAGACUGUAGAUUUAAAUAUGAAUUUGAUGGUGGUCAUAUUGACUCAGCAAUCAACAUAAAUUCAUAUGAUGAUCUAGAACUUAAGAUUAAAGAACUAAUGAAGCACCAAAAAAUUAAUGAAAAAAAUUUAAUAAUUUUCCAUUGUGAAUUUUCGGUAUACAGAAGUAUAUUAAUGGCACAAGAAUGGAGAAGAUACGAUAGAUUAAUCAAUAAAAAUAAUUAUCCAAUUUUAAGUUGGCCAGAUAUUGUAAUUUUGGAAGGUGGCUAUAAAAAAUUUUAUGAAAAUUUUCCAGAUUGUUGUUUCCCAAAAGCUUAUAUACCAAUGAAUCAUAACAAUGAUAGUAAAUCAUUAUUAAAUAAUAUUAGAAAUGAAAACAAAUUAUUAAAUAGAGCAAAAUCAUUUAAUCAAUUUAGUAUAAAUUGUUCAUCAAAUCUGAUGAUGGAUUUUUGGAAUGUUGAUAACGAACAAAAACAACAACAACAUAAUAAAUCUUUAAGUUUUUCAAAUUUAAAUAAUUCAACUAAUGAUCGAAAAAUUAUUAAACGUCAAAAAUCAAAUUCAACUUUUAGUGCACCAAAUUAUAAUUCACCUGAACUUUUAAAUUCAUCAUCACCAUUAAUUUCUCCAACAUUGCAACAAUUUCAAUUUAAUGAUGAAACACCACCCACAACAACAACUACUACUCAAAGACCUAGUUUUCUACCACCAUCAACAAUUUUUAGAAAUACUCAACAAUUAUAUUUACAACAACAUCAUAGAAAAUCUUAUUCUUCAAGUUUUAGUUCAAGUUCAUUAUCUAUAAAUUCUUCAAUAUCAUGUAAUUCUUCAUUAAAUUCAGAAAGUUCAUUAUUGAAUUUUGAUACUCCAAAUUCUCCAAUUAUUGAUUCAAAUCUCAAAAAUAAUAUCAAUACUCAAAACAGUCCAAAUUUAAAUCCACCAAAUUCAUUGUCAUCGAGUAAUUCUCCAAUUUUAGAUUAUUUCGAUAGUAAGAAAUCUAUAUCAACCACCACCACAGAUUCAAACUCAUCAUCAUCAAUCAAUUCUAAUAAUUUCCAAUUCCCUCAAAGAUCUUUGUCAUUAUCAUUAUCAACAUCAAAACCAAUAAAACCAACCCCUGUUUCAGCCACAACCAUUACAUCAUCAUCUUCACCUAUCAUAUCAUCACCAUUAUCAAUGAAUUUAGCAACUCCUAAAACCACAUCUGAAGAUCCAAGUUCAUUAGGUUUAUCAACAACUUUAAAAACAUGUAGUUCAUUCAUUGAUCCAAUUAAUGAUACUCCUGUUGAUUUUUCAAUACCUUCAACUUCAACAAUCAUUGAAAAACAAUCAUUUUCAAAAAUAACAAAUCAUUCAUUUUCAAAACAUGCUUUUAAUAUAGAUGAAUUAAAUUCAGUUUGUAAUAUUAAUGAAGUAGAUGAAGAAGAAACUUAA